AUGCCGCCCGGCGCAUUCCGCGCUGCUGGAUCCGCCAACGCCGCUCAGCCGCCCACAGGAGCCGCCGCGACGCCGACUCAGCAACCUCUUGCCGUCAGGACCAACACGACUGGCUCGACCGCUUCGAGGGGCAGUGCGGGCAGUGGAGCGGGUGCAGGGACGAAGAAGGGGCCGCAGGAGAUGCCGGGCAGUGUCGCGGGCCGGGUCGUGCAGGUUGUCGCGGCAUCGGGUCCUUCGUCGUCCGCACACCCAGUCGUUACGCGAGUCGGCUGCCACACCCCCAUGCCCUUCACACCCCACGCUGGUCCUUCCUCCCGCCCUCACACACCUCUCACCUCGCUCAACCCAACCUCGAACGCGCCCUCGAACCUUCAGCGACAGUCCACGUCGACCACCGCACUCGGACCGAAGAGCAGCACCGGCGAAGUAGUCGUCUCCUCCCACUUCGCCGCCAAACCCGCUCCUCUUCCCGCCUCGACUUCCUCUUCUUCCCUCGUCAUCCCCGCCAAGCGCCCCUCGCCCUCUUCACGGAAAGGAAAAGAGCGCGCCUCUCCGCGCGGCGCCGCGGGAGGGGAAGAAGACGAAUUCGACGAGCUGGACGAGGACAUAGAGAAUGUCGAUCCGGUCAAGGCGCUUGGCCUCCCUCCGAGUGGUCAGGCGGCGCUCCUCCUACAGCAGCAGCGCGAGCAGGAAGAGACGAGGAGGAAGAAGCCUCGUGUUUCGGACGACUCGGGGUACGGGACGGCCGAAGCGGGAGGGAGCGGGAUUGAAACGGGAAUGGAGAAGGAGGAAGUGCCUGAGAGCGAGCACGAAGGAGAAGGGGAGAUGUUGGUGGGUGCAGUGGCGAGGGCGAGCCCGGAGAAGGGUGGCGCGGUCUCGAGGUCGUCGGGACAGCCGGCGCAGGCGAUGGAGGGUGCCGACCCCUCGUCGCACAUUGCGAUCGAGCUGCUCUCGUUCACCGAGCGCCGCGCAUCGCUCAUGCAAGAGUUCCUCGAGAUCGCGGAGAGCGGGACGGGCAGGUCGAAAGGCGGGCGAGACGAUGGCGAGUUGCGCUUGACGCUCUCCUACGUCGACGAACGACUUGCCGAAUACCGCGCCCAACUCCUGGCAUCCGGCACGCAACUCUCGGACGUCCAGAUCGAGACCGAGAAGCGCGCCAACAUGCUUGAAGAGCUGCUCGAAGUGCUCGCGAGCGGAGGAGGGAGGAGCAGCAUGGGAAACGAUGAGGACUUUUUGCGGCACAACCUCUCGUGGCUCGACACUCGCAUCGCCAAGCUCAAAGCCAACCCCUUCGCCUUCGCUUCUGCUUCCCCUCGCCCCGGCUCCGCCAUCCGCCCUCCCCUUCCGAACCAUCGCAUGUCUUCACUCCUUCCCUCAGGCAUCGCCCCCUCUCCGACGCAUCAACACCCCCUCGCUCGACCGUUCAGUCCCGCUCAUGCGAAUGGCUUCUCACCUGCUGUGGGCUAUCACCCCUCGCCAACACUCGCUUCGGGACUCUCGAACCGCGGCCUGGGAGUGGGACCGGCGCCGCAAAAGGCCAGCUCGACGACGAGCGGGACCGAGAGUCAGAAUAGCGCGACGUUGGCUGCGAUGGCAGCGAGGAAAGGUCGCGAGGAAGCGCAGGGCGACGGGCACGAGCGGAUGGAGGCGGUCGGUUCGAAAGUCGCGACGCCAGCGACGGCGCGCUUCAGGCCGGCGGGAGGUGCUGCGGCGGAUCAGUCGUUCGAGGGCGGUGGCUCGACCUUCGCAGGCUCGGCCAACAAGCGUAACGGUUCCACGUCGACCGGCUUCCACCCCAACGCGAACGACGACGUUUCGGCUCUCCUCGACGGCGUUGACUUUGACGGCGACCUCGACACGCAGGAGGAGAGCCUCGAGAUCGUCGAGUCUCCCGCUCCUCGUCCGCCCGCCUCAAGGGCGAAGAAGCCCCCUUCUGGUCUCGGCCUAGGUGCGCCGGUCGUGCGACUCGACAGUCCGCCACCGCGAUACGAGCCGCCUCAGCAGCGCCAGCAGCCCGCUCGACUUCCUCCUCCCGCCGCCCAGAACCGCACCGUCUCGGCUGUCUCGACCGCGAGCGACCUCAUCAUCGAGGAGCCGCGCGCCGCCGUCGCCUCGACGAGCAAGACCGUCGCCAAAGCUGCGCCCGCUGCCAAGCCCAAGGCGCUUCACCCCUGGACAAAGGACGUCUUCAAGGCGCUGCGGCAACGCUUCGGCCUCAAGUCUUUCCGCACGAACCAGGAGGAGGCGAUCAACGCGACGCUCGCCGGACGAGACGUCUUUGUCCUCCUCCCGACCGGCGGUGGCAAGUCGCUCUGCUUCCAGCUCCCGGCCGUCGUCUCGACCGGCGUCACCUCGGGCGUCACAAUCGUCGUCUCCCCUCUCCUCUCGCUCAUCUCCGAUCAGACACGUGCGCUGUACGACAAGGACAUCCCCGUAGUCUUCCUCAACUCGACGAUGCCCGCUGCAGACAAGAAGUUCGUGAUGAGCUGCCUCAAGAACGAUCCGCCCAUGGCCUGCCUCGCCUACGUAACGCCCGAGCAGAUCGUCAAGUCAAAGGCUUUCCAGAACCUUCUCGCCGACCUGUACAACCGCAAGCAGCUCGCCCGCUUCGUCAUCGACGAGGCGCACUGCGUCAGCUCGUGGGGACACGACUUCCGCCCCGACUAUAAGGAGAUGGGCACCCUCAAGCGCGACUACCCGGGCAUCCCCCUCAUCGCCCUCACCGCCACGGCGAACGACCGCGUCAAGCAGGACGUGAUGACCAACCUUCGGAUGGACCGCCCUCUCAUGCUCACCUCGUCCUUCAACCGCGCCAACCUCAAGUACUUCGUCCGCAAGAAGACUCGCUCCGUCCUCUCCGACAUUGCCGACUUCAUCAAGGGCGAGCAUGCCGGCGAGUCCGGCAUCAUCUACUGCUCGUCGAAGAAGCAGUGCGAGGACACGGCCGAGCGACUUCGCCGCGAGCACCGGAUCAAGUGCAUGCACUACCACGCCGGGAUGGACAAGGACGAUCGCUUGCGCGUCCAGGUGCAGUGGCUGUCGGGCGAGAUCCACGUGAUCUGCGCGACCAUCGCCUUCGGCAUGGGCAUCGACAAGCCCGACGUCCGCUUCGUCUGCCACUACACGCUCUCGCAAAGUCUCGAGGCGUACUAUCAAGAAACGGGUCGUGCUGGUCGCGACGGGCAGACGUCGGUCUGCGUGCUCUACUACGCCUACGCCGACACCAAGCUCAUCAUGCGGCUCAUCGACGAAGGCGAUGGCACGCCCGAGCAGAAGGACCACAACCGCGCCAACCUCCGCCGCGUCGUGCAGUACUGCAUGAACGAGACCGACUGCCGUCGUUCGCAAGUCCUCCACUACUUCGGCGAGCAGUUCCCGCGCGAGCAAUGCCACAAGACGUGCGACAACUGUCUCGCGCCGAAGAACGUCGAGCACCGCGACAUCACCGACCUCGCCAAGGAUGCCACGCAGCUCGUCAAGGCGAUCCAGAAGGACAAAGGCGUCACGAUGCUCUACGCCAUCGACGUCUUCCGCGGCAGCAAGACCCAGAAGAUCGCCGGCGCUGGUCACGACAAGCUCGCACACGCCGGCAAAGGCUCGAGCAUCGACCGCGGCGACUGCGAGCGUCUCUUCCAGCUUCUCGCCGCCGAACAGGUCCUCGGCGAGCGCUACGAGCGCAACGGUCUGGGCUUCACCAACGCCUACGUCACGCUCGGUCCGCGCGCUCAGCAGUUACUCUCCGGCAAGCUCUCGCUCCAGAUGGGCUUCACAAAGGGCGGCAAGUCUGGCGGUGGCGGCAAGAAGGGCAAGGCGCCCGCGAAGCAGAAGACGAUCGACGAGUCGUACGACCACGAGCAGUACGGCGGCGAGUACGUCGACGAGCUGUACGACGAGACGACGGGCGUGUACGACGAGAUCGAGGAGGAGUGGGACCACCUCGGACGCCGCGUCGUCCGCUCAUCGACCUCGGGUUCGCUCAACGGCGCUGCGAAGGUUGGGCAGGAAGACGAGACGCAGGUCCUCUUCCGCCAGCUUCUCGACGUUCGCAAUCAGACGGCGACCGACGAGGACUGCGACGCCGAAGGCAUCAUCUCGGAAGAACUCCUCCAGGUCAUCGCCGCCAUGAAGCCGACGAGCUACCGCGAGCUCGCUGCCAUCGAGGAGCUCACGGACGAGCAGAUGGAUUGGUUCAGCCAUUCGCACGCCAAAGUCCUCUGCAUCGAAGCGGUCCGCAAGGCUCGCUCCAAAUCGAGGGAGACGGACAAGGCGGCGAUGGCUCCGCCGAAGAAGGUCGCGUCGAACGCUUCCAGUUCAACCUCGCGCGGUCCUGCUGGCGCCGGCGCUGGCAAGACAAGUGACUCUCGCUCGACUGCCUCGACUUCGGCGGAACCAUCCGCCUCGACGUCUCGCGGGAUCCGCAAGCCCGCACAGCCGCUCAAUCUCUCGGCGUUCGCGUACAGCGGCGGGGCGGCCGGCGGCGGCGCGAAGAGGGCGGGCGGCGUAGCGGGCGGGAGGAGCGGAGGAGGGAGCGGUGCUAUCAAGGCGAUGCCGAUCGUCAAGCGGUAG